AUGUCUGUAUACUGGCCUGAUUAUCAAUUUGGUAACUUUGAAAAUUCUGUAUCCCGCCUAUUUGACGAUUUCUUUAAGGACCUUAAUGUUGAAAGACAGUCUAAAGGAACUACAACACGAAACGGCCGCACUAGUUGGGCUCCACCUCUCGAUGUUCAUGAAAAUGAAAAAGAAUUUGUUGUGAAUGCUGAAUUACCGGGAAUCACUAAAGAACAAAUUAAUCUUGAUGUUCGUGAAAAUUCACUUGUAAUUUCUGGAGAAACCAAAAAAGAUGAAAAAUAUAAUGAAGGAAAUACUUAUAUUCAAGAACGUCGCUAUGGAAGUUUUAAUCGUUCCAUCACUCUUCCUCGUAAUGUUAAAACUAGUGAUAUCACGGCUAAGUUUGAACAUGGUAUUCUUGAAAUAAAACUUCCAAAGGAUGAGA